UCAGCAAAAUAAAACCGUUUCGUGCUGCCACUUGUAAAGUGUUAGAAGGACCGGCGGGGAAAUCGAAUCGAGCUCAGAUUUUCCACUCAUCGCUUGACGAAAAUAAAAAAGAAGACUUUAAGACUCACGCUUGGAUUCGAUAUUCAGUAAUAAUAGUUUAAAAAUUACUGUGCGGAAAAUUUAACAGGUGACAAAUGAGCAUGUCGACCCUGCUGGAGCUGAAGAGCAGUGUACUACGGCAGGUUCAGAGCCGACAGUCCUUUCGAAGGAGAGCAGACACAGUUGCCAGCCCUGGCAGCUUUGGCAAUCCUGAGACUUCUAACCGAGAAAGUUCAGCAACCAGGAGUGAUCAUGAUAAUGGCGAAUUUUUUGAAAGACUGAAAAUCAUUCUUCAGAAACAGGAGGCCAUGCAACGUUCCACUCGCAGUGAGGUGUCUAUGGAAAGCCGACCUCCUCCACCUGAAUCAACUGGACAAAACAGAGGUCCACAGUACCAAGGCUUAUCAAGGCGGGAGUUAGAUCUUCUUUAUGAAGAAGCUGUCUACACUGUAGUGAACAGGGUGGGUGUCACUUCUCCAGACUAUGUCACAAAUGAAGAAGACCUUUUUUCUUAUCUUCAGGAGGUAUUUCAGGUUGGUCCAGAUGAACAUGAUAUAAUUCUACAAAGAGUCAAAGAGGCCAAGCGCACAAGUUAUUCUCUGAAGGUUUCAGUAAAAGAAGGGCGAAACCUGCUGGCCAAGGAUGCCAAUGGUUACAGCGACCCCUACUGUAUGCUGGGUAUUCUUUUAGGACAAAGCCCCAAAGACCCAGAAGAGAAGAAAGAAAGAAAAUUCAGUUUUCGUAAGAAAAAGGACAAAAUUGAGAAAAAAUCCAGCAUAAGAGAUGUUCUACCAGCAAAAGUUAUUCAGGUUACUGAGGUCAAGCCAGAAACGUUGAACCCAGUGUGGAAUGAAACAUUUACCUUUGAAAUUGAUGAUGUCUACAAUGAUCAACUUCACCUGGAUAUUUGGGACCAUGAUGAUGAUGUCUCUGUGGCUGAUGCUUGCAAAAAGCUCAAUGAAGUGAGUGGUUUCAAAGGCAUGGGCAGGUACUUCAAACAGAUAGCCAAAUCAGUGCGAGCUAAUGGGACUGCAGGAUCUGCAGUAGAGGAAAAUGUGGAUGACUUUCUUGGCUGUCUUAAUAUUGGCAUUAAUGAAAUUCCUGUUGAAGGAGUUGACCGCUGGUUUAAAUUGGAACCACGCUCCAGUGCAUCCAGUGUUCAAGGAGAAUGCCACCUUGCACUCAAACUAAUAUCUUCCCAGAGAGAUACAUCAUUAAGUAAGAAGGAGUCAUAUGUGACUAUUCAUAAACUCUUUCUCAGACAGAUCAUAGAAUAUGAACAUGCCCAGAUUAAGAUAGACUCUUAUGCUUGGAAGGGACAACUCAGUAAGCCUGCAUGGACUGUGCUUUCCCAUCAUGCAGCACAGAUUGACCUAUCACCUUUGCAUCGAGUCAUUCUGCAGUGGCAGUCCUUCAGUAAGCAUCAUGAAGUAGAAAGCUUGGACUAUUCCUAUCUCCUUGAGCUGCUAAAGAACAUUGAAGAAAAAUGGACAACUGAUGUACUCAGCACAGAGCUGGAACGAAGUCUAGCAGAAAGUUUUACUUCUUUUCGAGAAUACUGCCUGGCACUGUUGAAGAACUUAAGAGAACUAUUUCCAGUCAACAGACCUAGGGCAAUAACACGCCUUGACUAUAUGCUUAGAUGUCUCAAUCAAAUUCAUUGCCUGCAGGCAUUCAAAACACUUUGUCCUUUUCACAAUGAGCUACAUGUGGAAAUUACUACUGUGCUGAAGAAAAGUACACUGGAAUGGUAUGAACGAUUAGCAUCCAGUUUAAAACCAGAUGAAGGUCCUUCUUUAGAGCAACUGCGUAUUCUUGUGCGCAUCAUUGAUGCUGUCUAUGCAGAUGUUCAGCGUGACUACCAUGUGUAUAACCAGCUCUUCUACAGUACUGUAAAAGCAGACUACUUCAGUAUCACAUAUCGACAACUAGAAAAACUGGCUGCAGAUGACAUUAGUGCUGCCAUGGAGAAGGUUUGUGGAAUGCUGGAGCAGGAAGGAUGCAAAUUGGUGCAGAGUAUGGGGGAGACAUUAUUUGAACUCUACAUCACCUUAAAAGCUUUGAAACAGUUUCAAGAAUUCCUGCCUACAAAGGACAGCAAAUGCCUUUCUCUGGCAUCAUUCCAUAACUGGUUUCAGAGCUUCAUCCAUAAGUGGCUACAGAUUGUUCAUGAGAAAUGUUGUGAAAGAAUCAAGAAAGCAGUUGAAGUGGACAAGAUGGAGCAUGUGGAUACACUAUCAAAACAUAGCAGCUCAGCUGUGGAUGUAACCUCUUGUCUGACUGAGGUCAAGGAGUUCUGGGUACAGCUUGCCUGGCCAGACGCAGCAGGAGCAUUUGUGUUUUUGACACGUCUUACUGAUGACAUAUGUAGUGCAGUGGUUUGGUACUCAGAACUAAUAAAACACAAAACAGAACGAGGCCAGCAAGGUCAAGAAAGCAAACGUAUAACCAAUCAGCUCUGCAUCGCUCUAAACAACAUUGAACAUGUUCGAAGAUUCAUUUGCAAUCUCCCCAGAGAUCUUGACUGGAAUUCACUGGAAGCAGCCAUGGAAGAGUCCAGUGGGGCUGACAGUAAAGAGCAGGUUCACAAAGCCCUCAGUGCUCAGCUGCUGAACAUUGAUGUGGACUUGAGGAGGGAAGCUAAGCGCAUGAUUGCACAUCUGACUGACAAGAUGGUGGCAGAUUUAAAAAAAUAUAUUCAACAUAUCAGCCUGUCACCAGAUUCCAUUCAUAAUGAUGAGGCCAUAUCCCCCUUGAUGAAAUACCUUGAUGAUACCUUAAUUAUACUAAGCGGUUCUUUAGUAAAGGAGAACCUUAGCAGAGUUCUACAAGGUCUGUGGGCUUUGUUACUAAAGCUCAUCCUUGAUACAGUGGCUGAGAACAGAGGAGUGUCUUUAGAGUUUUAUGGAAGAUUCUAUUAUACUGUUGAGGCUUUGGUGGAGUUUUUUCAUGCUGAAGGUGUAGGUCUCCCAGUAGAAGAACUCAAGAAUGAGGAAUACAAGAUGUUGGAAGAAGAACUAAGGCUGAAUAAAUGCUCCUCCAAUGAACUCAUCGAGCAAUAUUACACAGAAAAAAUAGCUCUUCAGAAAACUUUGAGGCAAAGUAGAUAUGGAAGAAUUAGUGUCAAAUGCUACUAUGAAGCCUCAGAACAGAAACUUUAUGUUGAAAUUCUGCAUGCAGCAGAUCUCAUCGCUUUAGAUGCCAAUGGUUUAAGUGACCCAUUUGUCAUCAUAGAGGUGUGUCCCCACCACAUAUUUCCAAUGUCAAGAAGUCAGCGAACACAAGUGAAACACAAAACUCUACAUCCAGUGUUUGAUGAACUUUUUGUGUUCCAUGUUACUCAGGAGCAGCACAAGAAAAAGUCUGCCUGUAUCCUGUUCACCAUUAUGGAUCACGACUGGCUGUCAGCCAAUGACUUUGCUGGUGAAGCUGUUCUGUCAUUAACAGACUGCUGUGGUUCAGACAAGCCGACAACACAUGGAGGAGUGAAAAAUGCCCAACCUCUGAUACUACACCUGGCAAGACCCAAACCCAGUGAGAAGCCCAUCCUGAAAAUGCUAGAAGCACGUAGUACUGACAGAGAGGCCCAAGAAUUUGUGAAGAAGCUCAAGGAACUUGAAAAAUCAAUGGGAGAAACAGACUAAAGUUAUACAGGGCUGAUGGGAUACCUAUGGCGUGCUGUACAUCUGUGUCAUGUUCAUUGUGACAGUUGAUGUCUUUUACAAAGUUUGAUUCAUAUUAUGUCAAAACGUUCAUGAUUAAGAGGAAAGUAUCGAUACAAAUGCAACACAGGAAAGAAUGUGUUGCAAACAGUUGUGUAGUGUGAACCUGCCUAAGCUGAUCCUCGGCACUUAACCUGUCUGAGAUGACCGCAACUUAUUUUAGUUUCUCUCAUCACCUGCCAACUGUUUACAACAUUUUAAGUGUACUAAAACUAAACUGUUAUUUCUCUGUAUAAGUUUGAUAGUAAAAUUUGUGCACAUUGAUGAUCAAUAUUUGCUCUACAUGCAACAAAGCUGUACUACAAAACUGUACUUUUCUAACUGUUGACUGAAGAAAGUUGUUUAUUUAAAAAGUC